AAUAUGAACAAACGAAAGAACAGAUUAGAUUAGAGAGACAGAAAAGUGCAAUUAACUAGCAUGCAAGCUAUGUCCUCCUCGCUUCAAACUAUUCUUCUACAGCAACAAGCUGCUCUAAAACUCCUGCUUGGGGUACUUGUAGUUUCAGCAGCAAUAUUUGUAGCAGCAGCAGCAGAACCCAAUUCCAGCUGCAACAGAACAUGUGGAUCGCUUCAGACAUCCCCUACCCAUUUGGAACAUCUGAAGGUUGCUAUUUUGACUCAUCUUUUCUCAUUACUUGUAACUCCUCCUCCUUCAACUCCAAGACGAGUACUCCAACACCAUUUCUGAGUGUUAGUAACAUAGAGGUACUCAACAUAUCAUUAGAUGGGGAACUACGAGUCUCAGCUUCUGUAGCUCGUAAUUGCCCACAAGAAUCGGACUAUAAUUCCAACGAUGGUAGUACUUAUCUCAACCUACGAGAGUUUCCCAUCUCGUAUACAAAGAACGUGUUCACCGCCGUCGGUUGCGACACUUUGGCACUCAUUAGAAGUUCAGCCUCAGACAAGAAUUAUACGACAGGAUGUGUGUCACUCUGUGAUAGUAUCGACGGUAUGGUUAACAGGUCUUGCUCAGGCUUUGGAUGUUGCCAAACUCCUAUCCCAGAUGGAAUAAAAGAUUUUGCUGUGUCGGUUGGCAGCCUUAGAAACCACUCCAAUGUGGGCAAAUUUAAUCCAUGUGGUUUCGCCUUUGUGGUGGAAAAAACAGAAUACAACUUUUCAACCUUAGAUCUUCAGAAUAUGCAGAAUAAAGAUGCUUUCCCCUUGGUGCUAGAUUGGGCUAUUGGGAACCAGAGAUGCAAAGAUGCCAAGACGAAUACUACAGGCUAUGCAUGUAAGGCAAAUAAUAGCGAAUGUUACAGUUCCACAAACGGUCUUGGGUAUCGCUGCAACUGCUUCUCAGGCUAUCACGAAAACCCAUAUCUCUCUGGCGGUUGCCAAGAUAUCGAUGAGUGUCAAACUGGAAAUCACGAGUGCACUGAUAAUGCAUGCGUCAACCAUGUGGGGUCUUACAACUGUUCUUGCCCCAAGGGGUACCAAGGAGAUGGGUGGAGAAAUGGAAGUAGUUGCAUUCCCGAUAUUCCUAAACCAAGCAAUUCUAAGAAUAUCAUCAUUGCACUAUGUAUCAGUAUAAGUCUUUUAGUCUUGCUGUUGGGAGGUUCUUCAGUACUUUUGGGAUUGAAAAGAAUGAAGCUCAUCAAACUAAAAGAAAAGUACUUCCAACAAAAUGGUGGCUUAAUGUUACAAAAACAUAUUUCGAAUCAUGGAAGGUCUAUGGAGACAACCAAAAUCUUUAGUAAUGACGAGCUUAAAAAAGCCACCAACAAUUAUGAUGAGAACAGAGUCCUUAGCAAAGGAGGUUAUGGAACUGUUUACAAAGGAGUAUUAGCUGACAACAAAGUGGUUGCCAUCAAAAAGUCCAAAAUCUGUGACAAUAGCCAAAUUGAGCAAUUCAUAAAUGAGGUGAUUUUGCUUACCCAAAUCAAUCAUAGAAAUGUGGUUAAACUAAUAGGUUGUUUUCUUGAAACAGAAGUUCCCUUACUUGUUUAUGAAUUCAUCACAAAUGGGACUCUUUCUGACCAUAUUCGUGAUAUAAGUCGUGCUUCUUUUCUUUCAUGGGAAAGACAUUUGAAGAUAGCAAUAGAAAUAGCAAGAGCCCUUGCAUACCUACAUUCUGAAACUUCCAUGCCAAUUAUACAUAGAGAUGUGAAAAGUACAAAUAUACUAUUAGAUGAUAACUACACAGCAAAAGUUGCUGACUUUGGAGCUUCAAGGUUGAUAGCUCUUGAUCAAAUAGAAAUAACCACCUUGGUGCAAGGAACCCUUGGGUACUUAGAUCCUGAAUACUUCCAAACUGGCCAGCUAACAGAAAAAAGUGAUGUGUACAGCUUUGGUGUUGUGUUGGCAGAGCUGCUGACAGGUGAAGAGGCAAUUUCUUCCAAUAGACCUGAAAGUUAUAAAAACCUAGCAAUGUACUUUGGUUCUGCAGUGAAAGAGGACCGUCUACUUCACAUUCUUGAGGAUCACAUUGUCAAUGAGGGUAAUAUUGACCUAUUAAAGGAUGUUGCUAAUCUUACAAAAAGGUGCUUAAGAUUAAGAGGGGAGGAUAGGCCCACUAUGAUGGAAGUGGCAAUGGAACUAGAAGGAUUGAGAAUUAUCAAAAAGCAUCCAUGGGAAAAGGAUAAUCAAACAACAGAAGAAACAGAAUACUUGCUCAGUACACCAACACUCACUUUCAACAUUGAUAUUGGCACCGAUGCUUCCGCAAGUACAACUGGUGGACAUGAUAGCAUGAUAAACCAACUCUUGAAACCCCAUGAAGAUGGCCGAUAAGUAGUUAGUCCACAAUAAUUGAUUUAUAUAAAUCAACUAGAUCAAUUGAACUUCUAUAUGCCUAUUAAUGUGGUGUAUUAAUGUUGUAGACUACCAUAGAGUAUUCUGUACCUAUCUUUGAUUCUCUUUAUUUUACCGAGUAUCUGUAGUUGGAAAUAACUUGCAAUGCUUUUGUGUUGCUCUAGGUGAACAAAUAAGUUUGAUCCUAUCCUAAUGUGAACUAAUAGCGUACUUUUCCCUUGAUGUUUUUCCAAUAUUCUUGCCGAUUUAAGAAUGUUAAUGUAAUCAAAGUUCAUGUACAACUUGUAGUGUCUUUC